GUCAAAACUUAGUUUCUUUUUCAACACGCACACGCCAUCGAAAAAAGUAUUCUCAAAUCGAUAAUACUCAAUUGAGCAACGAUGAACAGGAAAUAAGCAACAUCGAACAGAAAUCAAGUGCUAAUUCAAGUAAUGGUGAACAGGAACUAAGCAAUAUUGAACAAGAAUCAAGCGCAAAUGAACAAAUAUUAAACGAUCAAAUGCUAAGUAAUACUGAAAUUAAAGAUUUAGAAUCAAUCACCAACUACGAAUUAGAUUUUCAGGAAGCUAGUGAAAAUACGUCUGAUAAUGAACUACUAACAGAUUCAAAUUCGGUAUUAAACAGCGAAUCAAGUGAAGAUAAUCAUACUACUAUUCAAUUAUCUCCCAGAUUUCCAGAAGCUUUGAGACUUUUGGAAAUCAAAGCUCAUUCUAAUAUGACGAAUGAAAUGUAUUGUAAAAUAAUAGAUGCUUUUAGUGAACAAAAUGUAUCUUUAUAUCGUGCUACUAAAAAACUAUCGAGUCUAAUAUCAAUUGAUCCAAUAUGGAUUGAUUGUUGUGUGAAAAGUUGUUGUGCUUUCACUGGAAAUUUGAAAGACCUACGAGAAUGCCCA